GCAUACGUACCCCACGCGCCGAUCUCUCCCUGCUCUCUCAUGAAGCUCGGAAACUCGUCGGCAGCCGUAUCCUCGUUGGUCUUUCUUCUACGUGUUGCAGCGUCGGGAGUCCACAGCUUCGUGCUUCGUCCCCAUGCUAUCGCGUCAGCAGCACCGGCAAAUUGCGGCGCAAUCUCGUUCGUACGAAAACAACAUGCUCCGGCAGCAAGAGCAGCAGCAGCAGCAGGAGUAGGGCCAGACCCUUCUAGCAGAAGCAGGGCCACCAGGAUGACGACUGGCGCCCUGCCGAGUGACGGCGGCGGGAUAUCGCGAGGCGAAUGGGCCGGUAGAAUGCUAGGAGUUGCCAUCACGGGCGCGGUGGCGGUAUCACAGGGACCGGAGUUUGCCUCGGCCGAGGUAGGCGUAGGAGAAGGGGGGCUGCCGGACGGGGCGCGGCAAUUCUCCAACCUCGUCAAGGUGCAGAAGGACUGGGCGGCCCUGGGCAAGUCGAUCGAGAGCCAGGGCGCGGACGUGACCGCCGACGAGUGGAAGAACGUGGCCCUCUUCCUCCGCAAGGUGUAUCAGCUCGGCGGGGAACUCGAGUACCUCGCGGGCACGUUCCCGCCGGACAAGAAGAAGUCCGCCCUCGCCCUCGUGCGGAGCAUCCAGAAAGAGGUGCAGGCGGCGGACGUGCCUGCGAGAGAGAAGGACGCGGCUGCCUUCAUGAAGGCGCAAGCUUCCGUGCAGAAGAAGUUCGAGGAUUUCAUGGAGCUUUUUAACGACGUACCGUCCGAGCUUUGAGAUCUGCUGACGUCAUCGCCGCUGCUACGGCAGAAGCUGCUGCUGCUGCUAGUGGGGGUUAGAAUAAAACGGUAACCAAGAGGUACAGGUAUUGUGUCCAUAUAGAAGCAGUUUCGUUGACCGGUGGAUAAAUUCGUCGGGAGCAUUAGCUUCGAAGGGAAUCGUACGGUAACGGAAGGGUAGAUAGAUAUGUUCCAGCAGCAUAUACUCAAUUAAGCACGUUUAUGACGCCACAUCCAUUCUGGUUGUUGGAGAUCUAGAGGUCCGUGGAGACUCAAGAAUUACGCCCAUCCCCGAUCCGAUGGACUGCCUUUGGCAUCAUCGGCAAGUAGAGCAUGGGGUUGGUCGACAGAGCAGACGCGAGCAGGUGUCGAGUUCAUGGGACAGAUGUCGAGGUCAUGGGAAAUCAUGGACGAGGGGGAUAGAAGCUCCGGGGUCUACUGCCGAAUGACACAUACAUCUGGAACUCCGUGGGACCACGCGUAGGGUGAGAUUUGGUUGCCGACCUGAUGAGAAUAGCACAGCCCAUUGUUUUAUAUCAGCAAGAUUUUUCGUUUGUAGAAGGCCCUAGUACGGGGCGAAUUCUACGAGUGUAGUGGCAUGUAGAAAAUGCUGUAAUGAGUUGUUUCACUUUUCUUCGUGUGCCUGGUUUUUGCUCAUGCAAUGAACGUCCCGUUACGAUGCUAGCCGUUGGUCGCUCCGAACUGCUGCGGGAAACCAGUGGUACACACGCAACAAUACAAAACACGUAC